AUGUUACUGUCAUUAGGUGCUGAUGUUAAUUUCCGGAACAUCGACGGGCUCACCCCUCUUGAUUUGGCCGUCCGCAAAUGCUCCAUUUCAGUAACAAAGAUCCUACUUGAUCGCGGGGCGCAGGUCAAUUCAAGACACUUGCAAAAGAAAGCUGCACUUCACCAUGUUUUCGAUGAAAGGUUUCUUUCUCCUCUGGAAGUACGAGAAAUGGCUGCACUUCUCAUUCGGCACGGAGCUGAUGUGAAUGCUCGUGACUCUGCCGGAUAUACGCCCCUACAGAUAGCAGUCACGAAGAGAUGGACGUGGGAAAUAGUUGGAGAGUCACUGAAUGCGGGAGCUGACCGAUGUGCUACGUCUGAUGAUGGAAAAUUUCCAUAUGAUAUGAUUCCUGACGGUCCUUGGGCGGAAACACAACGUCUUUUCCUUCGUCAUUACCCUGUUUGA